GGGUGAGGGUGAAGUGGCAGGCAGGGAUGGGGAAGGAAGGGAAGGGGAUGGAAGGGGGAGGGGGGAGGUUGUUGAUAAUGGGGUAGAUGAUUGUGGGGGAGGAAGGGGAUGAUUGUGCAAUCUCUGCGUUCGUGCAUCAGCAGAUGAUGAACCUAUGAUGGUUGUGAAGGCUUGACAGGCUUUUGAAGCGGAACGGGCUUGAAAGUCGUAAUAUUUUGAGAGUUUCUUCCCCUUCCGUAUUUUCGUGUAGCCCCUGGAGGACGAUGCGUUCUCAAUGACAAAAUCCUGGCCUGUUUUCUGGAAAGCAGGCCCGUUGUCCUCCGGGGGUUAUUGAUCAUCGCGUACCAGCAAUCAAUCAUUUGGCCCCUCGGCGGCCCUCUCCGCCCGUCGGUUUGGUUGGGUGGGUCGGGUUGGUUGGACUCGAGCAAGCGAGAGCACUCACGACAGGAUCGAGAAGGCAGGACUUUGCGAUGAACUCUCUGGUGCAAUGCUACUUGGCAGCAGUCUUUCUCUUGAUUGCCUCUGCCAGAGCCUACUCGGGCGCCAGGGGUACUCCUCUGGACGACUACGUCCAUAGAGCAGAUCCGCAAUACAGGUGGCAUGACACCGGGAAAAGGUUGUCUGGAGCUCUUCCGUGGGAGAAAUGGGAAGGGAUUGUCCUGAACAUGACGAGCCAGGCGUGGCUUUCGCCUGCAGAUGUGGAUUGUAAUCUUUGGACUCACGACCUUGUCAUUGUGAAACCUUGCAAUUACGUGCACAAGAAAACCGCACUGCUUGUGAUUGGCGAUGGAAGUAACAAAGGCGUUGGACCGUCAUCUUCGGACGAGCUCUUAGUUCUUGCUGCGACGGUGGCAGUGAAGACAGGGAGCCUGGUUGUGGUUCUUUACCAAGUUCCGAACCAGCCUUGCACAUUUACCUCAGAACAUCCGUCACGCUCUCGUUCAGAUGACGAGCUUAUCGCAUAUACGUGGUCGUUCUAUCUGGACAAUCCAGAUAAAAACGACUGGCCGUUGCGGCUACCAAUGACCAAAGCUGUCGUACGGGCCAUGGACGCUGUACAGGCUUACGCAGAGAGCACAAUGAAAAUCCAGAUCGAGAACUUCGUCGUAACAGGGGCGAGUAAACGAGGAUGGACAGCGUGGACUGCAGCUGCAGUUGAUGAUAGAGUUGUGGGAAUUAUUCCUAUUGUUAUGGACUUAUUGAAAAUGGUGCCCAACUUACAUCACUUUUAUCAAUCGCUUGGAGGCUGGCCUGUUGCUUUCAAACCCUAUUACGAAGCCAAUAUCACUGGCAGGCUCGAUACCCCUGAAUUCAGGAAGCUUUCGGAAAUCGUCGAUCCCUACGUUUACAGAGAUCGUCUUGGGGUGCCGAAGCUGAUGAUAACCACCUCCAACGAUGAGUUCUUCUUGCUUGAUGAUAGCGCGUAUUUCUGGGAUGAUUUACCAGGCGAGAAGCAUGUCUUAAUCUUAACGAAUACCGAGCACACUCUGCUGACUGGUUUGUUGAAGCUUCUGACAGGAGUUGAAGCCUUCUUUCUCAGCAUAGCGGAGAGUCACGAGCUAAGUGCUCCUUCCAAAGACCUGGACAAUGAGGAAGCAGCUUUGAUUCAGCUGCCAGGCACAACUGCCAGCUGCCAGCCGCUAGACACAACUGUUACAGACAGGCAAAGGCCUGGGUACGGAGUCCGUCCCAAGUAUUGGUAUAAUCUCAAUCGAGAUGGUGGAAUAAUAGAGAUUGGAACAACGGAGAGACCCGAAUUGGUUCUUAUGUGGUAUGCUUAUACAUACAAGGGAACGAAGGGAAGAGAUUUCCGAUGGUUUACAUUAGACGAUGGAAAGUGCCCGACAGUGGCAGUUAAAAAUAUGUGCAUCAAACCGGUUUACUUCAAGAGCCGUAUCUUGAAACCUACUUCUUUAUCCAACGAAGAUGGCAUGAUGAACUACUAUGCAUCUUUGGAUACCCGCAAGGAGGGUUAUGGAGCAUUUUUUGUAGAGUUGAGAUUUGCGGGUCCGAAGCCGCUUAUGCCGUUUGUCUUCACUACACCAGCUGUAAUUGUUCCAAAUUACUUUCCUUACGACGACUGUCAUGGAGGAAAAUGUAGGGGAACACUGGUGUGACACGUCGCUUGAUCAUGCAAUUGCGGAGAUGGUUUAGCAUAUGUGCGGUCAAUGCAACUGCUGGUACUGCUGAUGCAAGGAACCGAAUCUCAAUAUCCAGCGAGGCAGUCAUUGACAUAAUGUUAAAAGAAUUACAGAAGAUUAUUGUCUGAUUGUCCUUGUGGUCAGAGUUGCUGCGAGUAGGGCAGAUACACAUUGAUCAACUCGUUGAGGGGAAGCUCAAAUUGCUGGAAGCGUGAGAUUUGAGUUAUGGGAAUGUUGCAAGCUAGGGGUCCGAAUCAGCAUAAGCCUUCACCGGCUGGGGUUGAUAUGUUUCUGAAGUGCACAGGCUACUGCUCGUCUGCAGUGGUGCAUUCCGCCGCCCUCUGCUUAGAUCAAGCAGAGGUUGAGGUGGAUUAGAUUCUUUCAGAGAGAAAGUGGAGAUUUAGUAGAUAGUCAAUUUUUGUGAAAGUUAAGCUAUCAAAGGAUGUGAAGAUUUUAUAUGGAAUACUCGCCUUCAAAGACAUGGCGAGCCUUCUGGGGUCUGUUGUUUCAAAACAUUCUCCUUCUGUUACAGUCAGAAUUGAGGGACAACUUGCACUUCGGGGUAUGUGAAGUAAAUGUGUGAUGAAAUAAACUUUGUGGUAGAAGUUUAAAAGACCGACCUGAGUAUCUCGUCUUGUCAAGGGGUAUAGACUAUACUCUGAAAGAAAAUGGGCUAUUGGACCUUCUACAGUGUGCAUAUGGCCAUGAAUAUUGUCUAGUCGUGCUCUCGGCCCGAGUUCUUUUUGUGUAUCUGGUCGGGUCUCGCUUAUUCUGGUGAAAAGUGCAUACUCACGCAGCUCAAAAUUGUGUGUCGGAUUA